AUGUAUCCUACUGGUCGACGUCAAAUAGAUCUCAGAUAUUAUAUGGCUACAAGCACAUCAAAUACUAGCCGUCGUCCAAAAGUUUUCGUGGCGCGGGCUUUACUUCCAGAGGCAGAACAAAUAUUAGAGAAUGCUGAGAGAGUUGAAGUUGAAUUAUGGAAAGAAGAAGGAGUUAUUCCCCGGGAAGAAUUAUUGAAAAAGGUGAAAGGUUGCACGGUAUUUCAUAAAAUUGACAAAGAAGUAUUGGAUGCUGCUGGUCCACAAGUUAAAGUUGUUUCGACAGUAUCUGUUGGUUAUGACCACGUUGAUGUGAAAGAACUUCGCAAGCGUAAUAUAUUACUUGGAUAUACUCCAGGCGUAUUAACUGACGCAACGGCAGCUUACAGUUCUAUUGGUGUUGGGUGCGGCACGUUGAGGCAAAGCAAAGCAACUGCUAUUCGUUUAAGACCAUUCAUUGGGGUUAAUGGAACAAUAAUUUACAGCGGAAACACUGAUAAGCCAUAUGCUGAUGAAAUUAGAGCAACUAGAGUUGAAUUUGAUACGCUACUACGCGAAUCAGAUAUAAUUUGUGUUACUUGUGCACUUACCUCACAAACUAAAGAAAUGUUCGAUUACGACACGUUUAAGAAAAUGAAGAACAGUGUUGUUUUUGUUAAUUCAGCACGUGGAGGUCUCGUCAAACAAGAUGAUCUCGUACGUGCAUUAUCUGAAAACCUAUUGGGCUCAGUUGGAUUAGAUGUGACGACUCCUGAGCCAUUGGAUCCUCAAGAUCCCCUUCUAAAAUACGAUAAUGUGUUUGCUUUACCGCAUAUUGGAACCGCAACGUUCGAAACACGUAUGUUAAUACAUAGCAUGGCGAUUGAAAAUUUGUUGGCUGGUGUUUGGGGAAAACCAUUACCUCAUGCUGUACAACUUUAG